GUGAUCAAGAUUCCGUGUCCGGUUGCCCCGGAAGUUGUUGCGCGGGUUUUCCCAGGACGAUCGGUGGAGUAGUGCUUCGAUGGGUCGCAGUCGCAGCCGCUCCCCGCGGAGGGAACGUAGGCGGUCCCGGUCCACAUCCCGGGAGAGAGAACGCAGGCGUCGGGAGAGGUCCAGGUCUAGGGAGAGAGAGCGUAGAAGGAGCCGCUCUAGAUCACCCCACCGGAGGCGCUCCAGAUCUCCAAGACGACAUAGAUCCACAUCUCCUUCUCCUUCUCGACUAAAAGAAAGAAGAGAUGAGGAAAAGAAAGAAACAAAGGAAGUGAAGGGCAAAGAGCGUCAGAUCACUGAGGAAGACUUAGAGGGUAAAACAGAGGAAGAAAUAGAAAUGAUGAAGUUAAUGGGAUUUGCCUCUUUUGACUCCACAAAAGGGAAGAAAGUAGAUGGCUCUGUAAAUGCCUAUGCCAUAAACGUGUCACAGAAGAGGAAAUAUAGACAGUACAUGAAUCGAAAGGGUGGAUUCAACAGACCUUUGGAUUUUAUUGCGUGAGAAGUGAAAUGUUUAAAAAAUGGUUUUCCUUCAUCUGGAUCAGAGAACACAUUUUACAUUUUGUAUUUAAUAUGCAUCAAAAGCAGGAUCUCAGUUCUUUCUUCUUAUAAAGUAAGAAAACUGUAUUUAUGCCAUGCACUUACCUUUCUCUGUAGAAGGUAGGCAAAGUACCACAGUUUUAUAAAUCAGUGUCACUGACUCCAUGCUGUUUGUCCUCAUUCCUGUGGAAGCUGUGGUGCAUUCUUUGAUACUUGGUAAGAGAUUUUUUUUUAAACAUGUGAAAGUAAUUUGAAUGUCUUUCACCAAUAAAAAACAUUUAUACACA